CACCGCCGCCGCCGUCCCGGUGUCCAAGCAGCGCCGCGGCGGUUCCCCUCUAUUGAUCGAAUUUGACCUGCGAAGUUUCCCCUAGCGCGUGUGUGCAGUAUAGUGGCAGUCUCUUGCGUUUACGUUUUUGAGUCCGGUGAUACGGUUAAAUAAUCGCGAAUAGCCUCGGUAUGGCCGUGCCAGCGGCUUGUACGCGAUUUAGUGACAACUACGAUUUGAAGGAGGAACUUGGCAAAGGAGCCUUUUCCGUGGUUCGACGAUGCGUGCAAAAGAGCACCGGUCAAGAAUUUGCUGCAAAAAUCAUAAACACUAAAAAGCUCUCGAACAGAGAUUUUCAAAAACUUGAGCGUGAGGCGCGAAUAUGUAGAAAACUGCAACAUCCAAAUAUUGUGAGAUUGCACGAUAGUAUACAAGAAGAGAAUUUCCAUUAUCUUGUCUUUGAUCUAGUCACCGGCGGGGAACUAUUCGAGGACAUUGUCGCCCGAGAAUUCUACAGCGAGGCCGAUGCUUCGCACUGUAUUCAACAAAUCUUGGAAAGCGUUCACCACUGCCAUUAUCACGGAGUCGUGCACCGAGAUCUAAAACCCGAAAAUUUACUUCUCGCGAGCAAGGCGAAAGGGGCGGCUGUGAAAUUAGCAGAUUUCGGUCUGGCGAUUGAGGUGCAGGGUGAAGCACAAGCAUGGUAUGGUUUUGCUGGAACACCUGGUUACCUCAGUCCGGAAGUGCUAAAGAAGGAACCAUAUGGGAAAGCAGUCGAUAUAUGGGCGUGCGGUGUUAUUCUGUACAUUCUUCUUGUUGGUUACCCGCCAUUCUGGGACGAAGACCAGCAUCGACUCUAUGGGCAGAUCAAGGCCGGAUCCUACGAUUAUCCGAGUCCAGAAUGGGACACCGUCACGCCAGAAGCAAAAAAUCUCAUCAAUCAGAUGCUGACAGUAAAUCCAGGAAAAAGGAUUACUGCCAGUGAAGCAUUGAAGCAUCCAUGGAUUUGCCAACGUGAGCGUGUUGCAUCUGUAGUACACAGACAAGAGACCGUGGACUGCUUGAAGAAAUUCAAUGCAAGGCGCAAGUUAAAGGGCGCUAUAUUGACGACCAUGCUGGCAACGCGAAAUUUUUCCAGUAAGUAUGAUGCACAGGGUCGAAGCAUCAUCACGAAGAAAGGCGAUGGUUCUCAAGUAAAGGAAUCUACUGAUAGCAGUACAACGAUUGAAGACGAUGACGUUAAAGAGGAUAAGAAGGGCGGCGUCGACCGGAGCAGCACGGUCAUUGCCAAAGAACCCGAAGACAUAAGAAUCGUGUGUCCUAUCAAGACUUGCAGCCAGCUCUCAACGAACUCCCAGUGCUCAGCGCGCCGACAGGAAAUCAUCAAGAUGACUGAACAGUUAAUUGAGAGCAUCAACACCGGGGAUUUCGAAGCGUACACGAAAAUCUGUGAUCCACACCUGACUGCAUUCGAACCAGAAGCUCUAGGUAAUUUAGUCGAGGGAAUGGAUUUCCACAAAUUUUAUUUUGAUAAUGCAGUUCUGGGGAAAAACUGUAAAGCUGUCAACACGACCAUCUUGAAUCCUCAUGUCCAUCUACUGGGCGAAGAUGCCGCUUGUAUCGCAUAUGUCAGGCUGACGCAAUACAUGGAUAAACAAGGUGUAGCACAUACUCAGCAAAGCGAAGAAAGUCGUGUAUGGCACAAGAGAGACAGCAAGUGGCAGAAUGUGCAUUUUCACCGAAGCGCAGUGACGGGUCCAUCGCCGUUUUCCUUCAACCACAAAUAAAUCGGCUAAGAGAACUAUCCCUGCUGCCGCUCUCGGUGGACGCUUUUUGUCACCAUAGAAAGCGAAAUUAAACGUUAGGAAUACGGAGCACACACAUAUUCGAGCGUUCUCAUACACACAUAUAAACACGCGCGCGCGCGCGCGCACGCAUAUAGAUACACACGUGCAUACGUAUACACAAAGAGAGACGUGUAUAUGGAAGAGAGUUACAUAACAAACAACGAUGUAACAUCUGAGGAAAGGAAAUAAUAUGCAUAUAAGAACAUACAUAUACACACAUAUUUAAAGGUAGUACUAAGCGCGACGAAAACCGAAGCCGCAAUAUAUGUCGUAACUGCCGACAUGUAUUACUCGCUCCAGUACCUGCUCAGCGUACUUAUUAUCUACUUACCUACAUUUAUGCGUGCACUGCGCUACGUGUGCCUCAAAGCCUUGAGAAAAACUACACGCAAAAGUGAGAUCAUUAAAAAAAAAAAAACGCGAAAAAGAGCGGAAUCGAUCGAUUAUCUAAUGAGAUCAUAAGGUAAAUAGACAUGCUUUUCGGCUGUUGGUUAACAGAACUCGCGGCAGAUAGAGAAAAAGAGAGAGAGAAAAAGAGAAAGAGAGAGAGAGAGAAGAAAGAAAAAAAAAAAUUUCGUUGUACAUGUGCGUAUAUCCGAUCGUUUAUAUCGCGACACCUUAUUAUCUGUUUUUUUUUUGUAACAACGAAUUUUUCUUUAAUUCUCGAAGAUUGUUUUAUGGAGAUUGAACAAAAUUCGAUGGUCAUUGAACAUACAUCGAUGAUAAGUAUUGAAAAAGCAAAUAGAUUUUAAAUGAGGUGUGAAAACGCCACUGAUGUAGAGGUAAUGAAAGAACGAAUACAAUCAAGCAUUUGCAUCGAUAAUGCACAUCAAAUGACGACGUCGUACAUCGAAUCGACAGAGACCGACUAUACAUAGCUAACAAAACGGAAUGCAUAUAAGAAUGAAAACACGAAAUGAAAGUCACGAAAUUAUACAUUGACGUAGAAAAAUGUAAUAUUAAGUCGUGACACUAUUUUAAUAAGCAAAAUUAAAACGAAAAAAAAUCAUCGAACACGUUUAUAUAUUCCGUGGUCAAGUCAUAAGGGAAAUAUUUUCGGAAAGACUAUCCAGAAGAAAAUGAAAUAUCAUACAGUAUUUAUUGCUGUAAUAGGAAAGUUAUAGAAAUAAAUUGUAAACGAAGGGCAUAGCAAGAGAAAAUAGGAAAUAACAAAGAGAGGAUUAAUUUGGAUCGAUAUUGAUAUUGAUGAAUUUAACGACAGCCAUGACAGAAUGAGAAAAGGAUAGGAAAAUAGAGAAAAGGCAUCGAUGUGUCGAUGCAAAAGAGAAAAUGAAAAAGGAA